AUGAGCAGGAUCUGGCUGUGCUUUUUCAUCCUCUCCAUGCAACUCUCCCUCAAUUCCAACAUGAUCUACUACGCCUAUGCAGACUUCCAAUCCGCCCCUCAAAUUUCCCAAGCCUAUAUCCUAUCAACAAUCAUCGCUGGAAUCAUUGCACUCCCAAUUGCAAAGAUCCUCAAUCUGUGGGGUCGCGCAGAGGGCUUUUUGCUUUUCUUGGGACUUUUUCUCAUCGGCUUCAUCGUCAUGGCCUCUUGUAAUGGUCCUAACAGCUUUGCAGCUGGCUAUACGCUAUACACUGUCGGCAAUAACUCUGUGACUUUCAUACUGAGUGUAUUUGUGGCAGAUGCAACUGGUCUACGUAACCGAGCAUUCGCAUACGCAUUCAUUGGUACGCCGACUAUCUGCACCGCUUUUGCUGGACCAUUAGUUGCACAGGCGUUCUAUGUCCACUCUUCGUGGAGAUGGGCUUAUGGAUGUUUUGCUAUAAUCAUCUUCAUCACAUUUGUUCCACUUGCUUUCGUGCUCAAAAUCUACCAGCGCAGAGCUGAAAAAGCGGCCAUUUUCACCAAAACACAUGCUGAUCGCACUGCGUUGCAGUCGUGUGUCCAUUAUUUCCAUGAAUUCGACUGUGUCGGUGGGUUUUUCCUAAUGGCCGCUUUCAUUCUCUUUCUGCUACCUUUCAGCCUAGAGGUCUAUGGCUAUGGUGGAUACUCAUCCCCAACCUUCAUCAGUAUGAUUGUCAUUGGAAUUGUGCUCUUCCCUGAUUUCGCCAUUUGGGAGAAAUACUGUGCCAAGUCACCCUUCAUCAAGUGGGAGCUGUUCAAGAACCGCACUGUUCUUGGUGCCUGUAUCGUUUCCGCCGUCAUCUUUUUCAACUAUUUCGCAUGGAACCAGUAUUAUUAUUACUACCUCCAAGUUGUUCACAACCUCGACACCGCAAAGACCGGAUAUAUGACACAGAUCUAUGGAGUUAGCUCCACAAUCUGGGGGGUCAUCUUUGGCAUUUGGAUCCGCCAAACCAAGCACUUCAAAAAUAUUUGUCUAUUCUUCGGUGUUCCGCUCUUCAUGCUGGGCGCAGGUCUCAUGAUACAUUUCAGGGGAACUGAUAGCAAAAUCGGCUACCUGAUCAUGUGUCAAAUAUUCAUUGCCUUGGGAGGCGGAACGCUCGUCAUCGGCGAUGAGAUGGCUGUCAUGGCCGCGGCCGAUCGAGAAGGAAUCCCAAUGAUGAUUGCCUUGAUAAGUCUUGCCGGUAGUGUUGGUGGAUCCAUUGGCUACGCUGUUGCCGUCGCCAUCUACUCAAACACCUUUCCUGAGGCUUUGCUCAAUGCCCUUCCGGAUGAGACAAAGGCUGAUUUUGCGACAAUUUAUCUUGGUGGCUCGACGGCGCAGCUGAUAUAUCCCCCGGGCUCGGCAACCAGGGAUGCUAUAAACCACGCGUGGUCGUAUAGUCAGAAGUAUGAGUGCAUUGCGGCCUGCGCUAUUGUUAUUCUUGCAUUUCCGGCGGUCGCUAUGUGGAAGAACUACAAUGUGGACAAGCAGCAGGUCAAGGGCAUCGUCAUUUAG